UGAGCCGGGGCUUUCAGCAUGGCCCCCUGCCAGGGGAGGCUUUAAAAGGGUGGGGGCGCGUGGCUCCUCUCACUCUCACGGCAGGACAACCCAAGGGCAUCAAAGCAAGACAAGAUGACUCACCAUUGCACCAAGUUCUCCGGCCACUGGAAGAUCAUUGUGUUCGACGAGGAGUGCUUCCAGGGCCGCCGCCAUGAGUUCACUUCUGAGUGCUGCAACGUGAUGGAGUUCGGCUUCGAGACUGUGCGCUCCCUGAGGGUGGAGAGCGGAGCCUGGGUGGGUUAUGAGCACGCUUCCUACCAGGGACAGCAGUUUGUCCUGGAGAGGGGAGAGUACCCCCAGUGUGAUGCCUUCGGAGGCAGCAAUGCCUAUCACAUUGAGAGGAUGACCUCCUUCAGACCUAUUGCCUGUGCUAACCACAGAGAGUGUCGUAUGACUAUCUAUGAGCGUGAGAACUUCCUGGGCCGUAAGGGUGAGCUUAGUGACGAUUAUCCCUCCCUCCAGGCCAUGGGCUGGUGCAACAAUGAAGUUGGCUCUCUCAGGAUCCAGUCUGGAGCAUUCGUGUGCUACCAGUACCCUGGUUAUCGUGGAUACCAGUAUAUCAUGGAGUGUGAUCGUCACUGUGGGGAGUUCAAACACUUCAGGGAGUUUGGCUCCCACUGCCAGACCCCUCAGAUCCAGUCCAUCCGCCGUAUUCAGCAGUAACAACUUACUCCAGACCCCCUCUCCCAUGUGACCCUGCACCCUUGACCCCUGCUGCUCCCCAGUGCUGAAUAAACUGUCUUUCUUAAACCUUA